CGCGGCCGAGGUGGAGAGGUGGGAGCGGGCUGCGCCGCCGCGCGCUCGGGCUGAGCGGCCGCGGGGCCGGGACGGGCACAGCGGGCACAGCCGCGGGACGGGACGGGACGGGACGGAUCGGGACGGAUCGGGACAGGCAGGGCAGCAGCAGUCGCCGCAGCCAUGGAUCACUACGACCCGCAGCAGACCAAUGACUACAUGCAGCCGGAGGAGGACUGGGACCGGGACCUGCUCCUCGACCCAGCCUGGGAGAAGCAGCAGAGGAAGACAUUUACAGCAUGGUGUAAUUCUCAUCUCCGCAAGGCUGGGACACAGAUUGAGAAUAUAGAGGAAGAUUUCAGGGAUGGUCUUAAACUCAUGUUACUUCUGGAAGUCAUUUCAGGUGAACGUUUGGCUAAGCCUGAAAGAGGCAAAAUGCGAGUGCACAAAAUAUCCAACGUGAACAAGGCCUUGGAUUUCAUUGCCAGCAAAGGAGUCAAAUUAGUAUCUAUUGGAGCAGAAGAAAUUGUGGAUGGCAAUGUUAAAAUGACCCUUGGAAUGAUCUGGACCAUCAUCCUUCGUUUUGCCAUUCAGGAUAUCUCAGUUGAAGAAACAUCUGCUAAAGAAGGACUUUUGUUAUGGUGUCAGAGGAAGACAGCCCCCUACAAAAAUGUAAACAUCCAGAACUUCCAUAUCAGUUGGAAGGAUGGCCUUGGUUUCUGUGCUUUAAUUCAUAGACAUCGUCCAGAGCUCAUCGACUAUGGGAAGCUACGAAAGGAUGAUCCUCUCACUAAUCUAAACACAGCUUUUGAUGUGGCUGAGAAAUAUCUAGAUAUUCCGAAGAUGCUGGACGCGGAAGACAUUGUUGGAACUGCCCGUCCUGAUGAGAAAGCCAUCAUGACCUAUGUUUCUAGCUUCUACCACGCCUUCUCAGGAGCCCAGAAGGUAUCGCAGGAUCCCAAGCUCCCUCCACAGAGCACACCUGAUAUUAUAGGCACGCUAAGGCCGGAUGAGAAGGCCAUAAUGACCUAUGUCUCAUGUUACUACCACGCCUUCUCAGGGGCGCAGAAGGCGGAGACAGCAGCAAAUAGAAUCUGCAAGGUGCUGGCAGUCAACCAAGAAAAUGAACAGCUCAUGGAAGACUACGAAAAACUGGCCAGUGAUCUGCUGGAGUGGAUUCGUCGCACCAUCCCCUGGCUGGAGAACCGGGCCCCAGAGAACACCAUGCAAGCCAUGCAGCAGAAGCUGGAGGACUUCAGGGACUACCGCCGCCUGCACAAACCCCCCAAGGUCCAAGAGAAGUGCCAACUUGAGAUCAAUUUCAACACCUUGCAGACCAAGCUGCGACUCAGCAACAGGCCAGCCUUCAUGCCUUCAGAAGGGAAAAUGGUCUCGGAUAUAAACAAUGCCUGGGGUGGCCUAGAGCAGGCUGAGAAGGGCUACGAGGAGUGGUUAUUGAACGAGAUCCGGAGGCUAGAGAGGCUGGAUCACCUGGCAGAGAAGUUCCGGCAGAAGGCAUCCAUUCAUGAGUCCUGGACAGAUGGUAAGGAAGCAAUGCUGCAGCAAAAGGAUUAUGAAACUGCAACCCUCUCGGAGAUAAAGGCCCUGCUGAAGAAACACGAGGCGUUUGAGAGUGACCUGGCUGCACACCAGGACCGCGUGGAACAGAUUGCUGCAAUUGCACAAGAGCUGAAUGAGCUGGACUAUUAUGACUCUCCCAGCGUCAAUGCCAGGUGCCAGAAGAUCUGUGAUCAGUGGGAUAAUCUGGGUGCCCUAACCCAGAAACGUAGAGAAGCCUUGGAGAGGACAGAGAAGUUACUGGAAACAAUUGACCAGUUGUACCUGGAAUAUGCCAAACGAGCUGCCCCUUUCAAUAACUGGAUGGAGGGGGCCAUGGAGGACCUGCAGGACACAUUCAUUGUUCACACCAUUGAGGAGAUCCAGGGCUUGACCACAGCUCAUGAGCAGUUCAAAGCCACGUUGCCAGAUGCCGACAAGGAGCGACAGGCCAUUCUGGGAAUCCACAAUGAAGUCUCAAAGAUUGUCCAGACAUACCAUGUCAACAUGGCAGGAACGAAUCCUUACACUACCAUCACCCCACAUGAAAUCAACGGCAAAUGGGAACAUGUGCGGCAACUGGUUCCCAGAAGGGAUCAGGCCCUGAUGGAAGAACAUGCUCGCCAACAGCAAAAUGAACGACUUCGUAAACAGUUUGGUGCACAGGCCAAUGUCAUUGGACCCUGGAUCCAGACCAAGAUGGAGGAGAUUGGCCGCAUUUCAAUAGAGAUGCACGGGACCCUGGAGGACCAGCUCAACCACUUGCGGCAAUAUGAGAAAAGCAUCGUGAAUUACAAACCAAAGAUUGACCAGUUGGAAGGAGACCACCAGCUGAUCCAGGAAGCGCUUAUCUUUGACAACAAGCACACCAACUACACCAUGGAGCAUAUCCGAGUGGGCUGGGAACAGUUACUAACAACAAUUGCUAGAACCAUCAACGAAGUGGAAAACCAGAUUCUGACCCGUGAUGCCAAAGGAAUCAGCCAGGAACAGAUGAAUGAGUUCCGGGCUUCUUUCAACCAUUUUGACAGGAAGAAGACUGGUAUGAUGGAUUGUGAAGAUUUCCGAGCCUGCCUUAUCUCCAUGGGUUACAAUAUGGGAGAGGCAGAGUUUGCCCGCAUCAUGAGCAUUGUGGACCCUAACCGUUUGGGUGUAGUGACGUUCCAGGCCUUCAUCGACUUCAUGUCCCGGGAAACAGCAGAUACCGAUACUGCUGACCAAGUUAUGGCUUCCUUCAAGAUCCUGGCUGGAGAUAAGAACUACAUCACUGUGGAUGAAUUACGGCGGGAACUGCCUCCUGAUCAAGCUGAAUAUUGCAUUGCUAGAAUGGCACCCUACAAUGGCCGCGAUGCUGUACCCGGUGCCCUGGACUACAUGUCCUUCUCCACAGCGCUCUAUGGCGAAAGUGACCUUUAACUUUUUUUCUCUCCCACCACACGCUCCCUCCCCUCUCCCCCGUCCAACGUGCCCUACUUUCUCUUUGCAAAGCAACCUCUGCUCCGCUCUUUUUUGUGUUACCCUGUUUUGCUUCAGAUAAUCAAUCACAUUUUUAAGUAGGGGGGGAGGACAUUGACAAAGCACCGCCUACCUUGCCCUUGAAAUAACAGUUUACAAAAUUAUUUUGUGCAAAAAGGUUACGUUUUAAAAAGAACAGACAUAUUUUAUUAUAGAAAAGGUAUUUUUCUCCACCAGAUUGAAACUUAAAAAGAAAAUGUUAAAAUAUUGCACCAAAUAUUUUUUGUUGUGACAUAGAAAGUCAAGCACAAUGUUACAUUCCAUCCUUUCCAAAAUGAACCAAACUAUGACAAAACUCCACCUGUUCUGUUAACUAUUACAUUUGCAUAUGUCUCUCUUGUCACGUUUAUCUUGGGAGGGGGGAAGGCACACAAGUGCAUGUAUUUGCUGGUUCACUCAUUUCAUGAAGAUAUUUUAUGAUAAACUUUUGAAAUUGCUGUGUUUUCUAGGGAAAAAAUAAUGUACACAGCUCAUGUUUUCAUAUUUAAUUAAAAAAUACAAUACGCCUCCUAUGUUAUCAGUGCACAACUUUUUUUGUUCCUGAGAGUUGUCUGGUUUCAGAACAUGAAGCUUGAGAGUUGAUAACUUUGAUAUUGCUUGUCACAAACCAUAUUAAAAGAUUCUUGUGAUAACAA